CGACCCUGUUCUCCCAGGUGCUGGCUGGGCCGCAACUCGGCCCUCUACAUCCUUCGUCAUCGAUGCCCUCUUUCCACUAUCGCGCAAAACUACGUUAUUCUGAUCUCAACUUCUGACCUUGUGGCCCAUCUCCAGACGCCGCGACAGCCUCUCACAGCCUGGCAUUCCCGGCGCCCUCAUUCUCUAGCGACAAACAACCCUGUUGCCGUUGCUGCAGCCACGGUCUUUGCCUGCUCUGCGGCUCCCCCCGGGCACCAGCGCCGCUUUUCCAGCAUUGUCAUCCUUCACAUGCGGUCCAGAACCACCCGUGCACACAACCUGUAGCGUCGCCUCCGCCGCCGAAUAUCGCCGCCGUUCGCCAUCACCAGCUGCGCGCCUGCCGUGCACCCGUCACGACCCGAAAGUCGAACACGAAUCACCAGCCUUGAUCGCAGCAUUGUUCUCCAACCAGGCGAGGCUGGCUUGCCAGCCAGCAAGUGAUUAAUCAUGCAGCGAGUUUCGGCGCUUCUGCCCAGCUGGGAUCGCAGCAGGAGCAACUCUACUGCUAGCAGCAAAACAAGCCUUGACAAGGUCCGAGGAUGGGCAGACAAGCUCCCUUCCUCGGUGAAUCGGCUCAGCGCUGGACGGCACAGCCGAGAUAUUCUAUCGCCGUCCGCGCUGGACAAGGAAUGCGAAAAGGCAGCCCGCAUUCUGAAGUCCUUUUGCUAUGACGGCUUCGCAAUGCCCGAUGAUCGGCCCGGAUCCCCGGCUACUCUAUCGACCGGGCAGACUAGUCAGCUCCUCAAGCGCAUCCCGCCAAGGAUAAUACAGAAUGCCGUCGGUCUUGCAAUCUUCAGCUCUAUGCGUCCUGGAUUAUGGUCGUCUAGCACCGGCGGCAGUGGCAUCCUUAUUGCCAGGAAGCACGACGGUUUAUGGUCUCCACCGUCAGGACUCAUGUUGCAGACCGCAGGACUUGGUUUUGUCCUGGGUAGUGACAUUUAUGAUUGUGUUUUUGUCAUCAACACUUUCGCCGUCCUCGAGACUUUUCGACGUUCGAAACUUGUCCUUGGAAAUGAUGUCACCAUGACGACUGGACCUGUGAUGGCCUUGGGCAUGGUCGAAGGUGGCUCCAAGUGGGCAGACCUCAGCGACACUGUUGUGUCUUAUGUCAAAACGAAAGGGCAAGCUGUGGAUGUCAGCCUGGAAGGCAUGGCUCUGCUCGAACGUAGCGACGAGAACGAGAAGUUCUAUGGAACAAACACGGACGUCACGAAGAUCUUGUCGGGCGAUAUCAAUCUGAGCUUGCCGCAACUUCGACCACUCACAGAGGUCCUGAAGGCUGCGGAAGGGCGCACAGACUACGAUACGAUAUUGGUAGAACAGCUAUCAUCACAGCCAACACCCGGAGAUGCGACGUUCGAGCCGCCCCGGACGGCGUUGGAGCCUGUGCCGACUUUCGGUGUGCCUGAUCAGGACGAUCCCGACCCUUUCGGGGUAUUGGCUCUUGAGAUGGCGGGUCUGGAGAUUCGUGAGGCUGGCUCCCGACUACGCCCGGAAAGCAGUCAGUUCGAGUACAACCCGAGCCCGACCAGCCCGUUAUUCCCCAGACUCGCUCGCCGCAGCGUCGACACCUUUCACUCGCGAAGCCAGCGAGGCAGUUACAUGUCGACCAGGACUGUGGCCACCGACCGCAGCCAGACGGCUGAUGGCGGAGCCAACACGUACAUCAACACCCCUGAAACUACACCGAGCACGAGUCAGAGCCAGAGCGAAGAUGGCCAUCCUUAUAGUGUUCACGAGGAUAUUCCCGAGCUGAAGGAACCGGAAGAAGUCGACUAUACCAAGAUUGACAUUAGCGCGCUCCGAAGCUUGAGUGCGUUCCCAGACCUUGAAGACGAGCCAUCAGUGAAUGGCAGUGAACGCAAGGGAAGCAUCGCCUCUCUCGACAAGAGCGAUACUGAGUCCAAAACUUCAGAGAGCUCACCACGGCCAACCACAAAUCCCUCUUCUCUGGGCAGCAUAGCCAACGAGAACGACGCGGUGCUCGCUGCUGAGACUGGCAGCACGCACGGGACCCAUGACGACGAUCUCGAUGAUCAGGACGUCGAAGAUGAUAGCGAAGAUGACGAAGGCGAAGACGAAGACGAUUUUGAAGAUGCGGAAGAAGCCGUCGUUUACGAAGUCGCUACUGCGCAGGCACCUCAGCGUAUUGCCGUGGGGGGAGCGCAUGGCCUUCAGGCCAAGGGCGCUGUUGUCACGAUCCCCCGGCGGGUGCCACCUCCCCUUCCCAUCCGCAACCCUGGGCGGAUGUCGCGACGCAAGAGCCAGAUGGGCGGUGAUGUUGGCAGGCUCAGCAGCCCGUUAAGGCAGGAGUUCAGCGCUGAUGACCAUGACAGCCUGGACACGCCCAAGGCUCGGGGGUCUACGUCCCCGCUGACAAUCGAAACCCGAAGCUUCCCAUCGACACCAGAGCUUGAAUCAGACCACGAAGAUCGACCACGGUCGACACAUGUUUGGACCACUUCGCAGACAAGGAGAUCUGGCGAUGAGUCCUGCCCCGCAAGCCCUGUCAGCGUUCGAUCGUCGACAUCGACGUCUGCGCACGACAUGAAGGACCUGAAAGUUCCUCGCCGAGCAACAAAUGGUGCCAUGUCCACACUCUAAUUGGCGAUGCCUGGCCCAGAUAUAUAUCUACAAUCUGUAGACACGGAGUUUCGAAUUACGCAUAGCCAGGGCCUGCCAUUUGCAGCCACUGGCUUGAGAGAAACGAAUGCAUUCUGAGACAGCACGGUGUACUUUGGCGUUCGCGCGGACGGGGGGCAAUAUUUUUAUGGCAGGAGGAUUACGAAAGUCGUUUUGGGGCGUUUGCCAGGUGUUCCAAUACCCCAAAUAUAUGUACCACGACACAGCGGCGUUUUAUCAUUUUAUGGGAUUGAGAGUAUUAUAUGCACUGAGAUCACCAGCGGAUCGCACGAUAGGUAGCGACUGUUUUCAUGGCUUGGUAGCGUUUAGCGCGUGGUUACUCCGACCAGCUAGCCUAUUUAUACCCUUGUUAUUGUAAUUAUAUAACAGUAGUGAAAGAUGAAGUAUACAGCGACCUCAA